AUGCGCACAUGCAACCACCACCACCACCACCUCCACCACCACCAGCAGCAGCAGCAGCGACCUGCCGUCCCGGGGACGCAGACCGACAGACGGCCCGGCCGCGGAGGCGAUGUGAACGCCACGGAGCGGUGCUGCGAGCCGGAGAAUGCCACAGCAAAGGAUCGGAGAGGAAUACAUCGUCCAGUCGGGAUGCCUCCCCCUCCUCACAGCCUCCAGUCCAGCGGGCUGACCCUCUCUGAAACAAGCAUGGGCUCCUUCAAGAGGAGGAAGAGGAAAUCCAUCAUCAUGACGGGGAUGCUGCUCGUCGUAUCGGUGCUCAUCCUCAUCUUCGGCCUGGCAGCCACCACCAGGACGCAGAACAUCACUGUGGGAGGCUACUACCCCGGACUCAUCCUGGGCUUCGGCUCGUUUCUGGGAAUUAUUGGCGCUCAUUUGAUAGAGAACAAGAGGCAGAUGUUAGUGGCAUCUAUCGUGUUCAUCAGCUUCGGAGUGGUGGCUGCCUUCUGCUGUGCUAUUGUUGACGGGGUCUUUGCGGCGAGGCACAUCGACCUCAGGCCUCUGUAUGCUGGCCGCUGUCAGUAUCUCUCCAGUGAAACUGCAUCCGAGCAGGACGUGCCGUGUCAGACGUCGCGCACGUCCUGCAACCUGCACGUGAAGAGCAACACCUGCUACUGCUGCGAGCUCUACAACUGCGGGAAAGAACAUCCUCUUAUGGGACUUCAGAAUAAAGAUGUUUUGAAAAAGUUUAGGAAAUCAUCCAUGAUUUGGAACCGUGCUGAGGUCAUGGGGGGCUACCACGAGUACACGGAGGUGAAGAGCUGCCAGGACGUGGUGUACCUCUACCACCUCUUAUGGUCCGCCACCAUCCUCAACAUCGUGGCGCUCUUCCUGGGCAUCAUAACAGCUGCCGUCCUGGGAGGAUUCAAAGAUCUGACACCUUCUGCAGCCUCGGAGACUUCCUCUGAACCAGAAGCCAUCGCUGCUCCAGUCCGACCGGAGCCCCCCCGGCCCCCCACCUCCAACCCGUACCGCAGCGCUGGGCCGUGCCUGCCGCCCUACACCGCCUACGACAUGCAGCAGGGCUCAUACAUGUUCCCCGACUCCUCCGGCCUGUCGGACGACUCCCAGUCUGGAACCAGCCACCUCUGGCCCACCAUGAUUCCUCCUCGCUACUCCCCUCCUCACGACCACCCGGACGAGAAGCCCCCACCGUACAGCCCGAGUGCGUCGGAGGAAAAGGAGGCGAGGAAGACGAGGAUGCCCACAGAGGACUCUAAACUCAGCCCCGCUGACAGGAGCAGGUGUUGCCCGGGUAUCACUCGCACUCUGGUCUGCAACAACAGAGGCUACCGCCGCUGCGAGGCUGCGGACGGACUGGGAGACCACUCCCGUGUGACCCUACGGACGAGUUAA